CUUUGUAGCUAUUUCUCUAUUUAUUUGUUAUUUAUUUAAUUUAUUCUGUUGGUAUAUCCAGAAACAUUGCAGAACCAGAUUUUUUUUUUUUGUGCAAGAGCUCUCGUCAAUUUCAUCUCGCAAAUGUCCUUGUGUGCACACAUCUCCCUGUUCUCCUGCUCCCUUCUGGGCCUCCUAUCUCUCUCUAUAUCAUCAUAUAUUCCUGACUCCAACCCACUCCUGCUCUUCAAUGAUCAAGUCAGAGAAAGACAUCUCUACACAGAUAAUCAAAGAAAAGAACUGUUUCUGGAGAUGACCCCAGAUGGAAAAGUGACAGGAAGCCCUGCUCAGAGCUCUCACAGUGUGUUGGAGAUGAGGUCAGUUCGAGAAGGUGAGACAGUUAUCAAGGGUGUGUCCUCAUCCCUUUUCCUCUGUGUGGACAGCAUUGGGCAGUUGAGGGGACAGAGCCACUACACAGAGGCUGACUGCACCUUCAGAGAGCUGCUGCUAGCUGAUGGAUACUCUCGUUUCUUCUCUUCACAUCACAAACUUUAUGUGUCCCUCACCUCAAAAGGCUCCACACCGCAACAUGGGCUCCCGUUCCAUCGGUUCCUACCCCUGAGAAACAUUUUGGUAUCUAGAAGUAUGACGAAUACAGCUGAAAAUCAACAACAGAAUCAGCAACAGCUUGACCUGGACUCAGAUAACCCUUUCGGCAGGGGUCUCACUGGUGUUGUCAGUCCACAGUUCUCCAGGGAUAAGUGAAGUUGAAAAUUGAGUUUGUUGAUGGAAGUAUACAAUGAACCGAGUAUAUUUAUUUAAAGGUAUACUGGAUUGUAUAACCAUGUUAAUUCCUAAAGUGAUUUUUUUUCACUUGUGGUAGAAACACUGUUACUUUUAUUGGCCCGUGGCAAAUGUUUUGGUUCGAAGAGUUCAGUAAGUAGAUGAUGAACUUUAGUUCCAUAACUCUAUGAUGGGACUGACUGGUGUGUAUAUGGUCUCACUUUGAAUGUCAUGUUGAAUAUGUUAUAUGCAGUAUAUUUCUCUCUUGUGUUUUGAAUUCAAGUUUGAAUCAUUGUACUGUAGCUAUAAUUUAUUUGCAUUAUUUAUAUUUUUAAACCUUUUGAAGCCUAAAUGCAACCUAGUCUCAGAUCAUUUCGCUUUAAUCUGUAUGUAAAUCCAAGACACACUUUUUCUUAUGAUCUGUUACAUUUCGUAUGAAUGUAGUACUUUGUGGAGGUCCAGCAUCCAUUUCGUAUUAUAUGUUACAAAUUACAAUUUGUAUGAUAUGAUACUAAUUGGCAAACGUACAAUAUGUAACGCUUUUGCAAAAAUGUAUAUGUUAUCAAUUCCAAUUGUUUGGUUGCCAACGUUAGCUAGCUGGCUAAUGUUAGCUAGGCUAGGGAUUAGGGUUAAGGAUAGGGUUAAUGUUAGGAGUUAGAUUAAAGGUUUAAGGUUAGGGGAAGGGUUAGCUAACAUUCUUAGUAGUUGCAAAGCAGCUAAAAAGUAGUAAGUAGCUGAAAAGUAGCUAAUUAGCUAAAAUUGUAAAGUUGUCCGUUAUGAAAUUUGAACACGCAACCUUUGGGUUGCUACACAUUCGCGUUAUAUGUCAACCCAUCCACCCAUCCCUUCUUACAUGAUUACUUUAAGUAACCUUCUGUCUUAUGUAAACAUAGCAACAUAUCAUACUAAUUUGAGUGUCCCGGAUUUACUUUUAUUAUGUUACGUCUAGUCUAUGAGACCAGGUUGCUAAAUUAUGUAUGAACAAUAGUUCUAUCUGGCAUUUGACACCAUGUCUAAGAGCUUAUUGAUAUUAUAGUCCAAGAGAGUA